AUGCCAUCUUUUGAUAUCCUGUGGAAUCCAAUCGAUGUGCCCAGAGGCGUGGGCACGGGGGUACCUGGCUGGGAGUACCAGAUCAAAUUUUCACCAGUAGCUAAGAAAUUGUUUGUGGUAACUGCAGUGAGUGCUGUGUCUGUAAUUUUUCUGGCCCAUCACUUCAAAAGAAGACGUGGAAAGAAGAAAGGAAAAAUAUUACCAUGGGAACCAGAGCACCUCUUACUUGAAUGUACUAAAAGAGCAGCUUCAGACAAAGGUUCAAGCUGUUCCAGCAGUAGACAGAAUUUGACGUUAUCUUUAAGUUCCACCAAAGACAAAGGAUCUCAGUCUUGUAACUAUACUAAUGGAGGACUUUUCAGAAAAUACUCGGGGUCUGCACAGAGUUUGGCUUCUGUCCAAAGUGUCAAUUCUUGUCAUAGCUGUGCGUGCGGCAACUCUAAUUCCUGGGACAAAGCAGAUGAAGAUGAUAUUAAACUUGUUAAUAUCCCUGUGAACCCUGAGAACUUAUACUUGAUGGGUAUGGAACUGUUAGAAGAGGCACUGCGUCGAUGGGAGCAGGCGCUAACCUUUCGACAUAGACAGGCCGAAGAUGAAGCCUGUGGUUCCAUUAAACUGGGUGCGGGAGAUGCCAUUGCCGAAGAGACUGUAGAUGAUAUUAUUAGUUCUGAGUUUAUCCAUAAACUGGAAGCACUGCUGCAAAGAGCAUAUCGUCUCCAGGAGGAGUUUGAAGCUACCCUGGGGACUUCUGACCCAAAUUCCCUUGCUAAUGAUAUUGACAAGGAUACAGAUAUCACCAGGAAGGGGAAUGUGGAUGACUUUGGCCUUCGGGACACCUUGAGCAUUGCAUCAACUGAUUCCUUUGCUUCAGCAGCAGAGCUUGCAGAACACAGAGAAGUGCGGCAUCCCUACAGCCUGGAGUCUCUCUGCCACUGCCCUUUUUAUGAAGAAGCCAUGCAUUUAGUUGAAGAAGGAAAAAUUUACUCAAGGGUGCUGAGGACUGAGAUGUUGGAAUGUCUGGGAGACAGUGAUUUUCUUGCCAAACUUCACUGCAUUCGACAGGCCUUUCAGGUAAUUCUUUCAGAAACAGCUAACAGGAUAUUCCUUGCUGAGAGUGGAAGGAAAAUUUUAUCAGUGUUAAUUGUGAAAGCACGAAAGAAUCCAAAGAAAUUUGAAGAUGUUUUUGAUGAGAUGAUCUAUUUUUUGGAGCAGACUGAUCAUUGGGAUAAUACUGAAAUGGAACUUGCUGCUAGAGGAGUGAAAAAUCUUAAUUUCUAUGAUGUUGUUCUGGAUUUUAUAUUAAUGGAUUCCUUUGAAGAUUUAGAAAACCCACCUUCAUCUAUACAAAAUAUAGUAAAUAAUCGCUGGCUAAACUCCUCUUUCAAAGAAACUGCUGUGGUUUCAAGUUGUUGGUCAGUGCUGAAACAGAAAAAGCAGCAGAUGAAGAUUCCAGAUGGAUUUUUUGCCCAUUUUUAUGCCAUUUGUGAACCCAUCAGCCCGAUCCUAGCCUGGGGUUGUUUGGGUCAAAAUUCUCUCUAUGAUUUAUGUUGCUUCUUUAAGAAUCAAGUUGUUUUUUUUCUCAAAAAGGUACGCUACUCCAGUAUAGAGACUUUGGCUGAGGACCUCGUGCAGUUACUCAAUCGUCGCACUGAGCUUUUAGUGGCCUACCUUGGAGCCAAUGCUUUGCGGCAUACAAGCAGUUGUGUAACUAGUCAUGGUCCUGUCAUGUCUGGUGGCCUGGUGGAAGCCAAAGUACAAUAAGUACCACAGGAAUCAUAGAAUUGGAAUGUGCUAUGAAAUAUUUAAAGGUGACUAUUGAUUUUGUACAUUUAUUACAAAAUCAACAGAAUUGGUGAAUAUGGACUCAGGGAGGGAAAAAUAUCUAGUAAAGGAUGAGUGUGAACGUACUGUAUUUACACAGAAAUUCUGACAUUGAAUUCCUGUGUAGUAUGUCCAAAGCGGCUUUUUACAAUCUGUAGCAAUUUAAGUCAUCAAUGUGUAUUUUACAAAAAUACUUCCUGAAUUUAAUUCAAAACUUAAAAGUUCGUUGAGUUAUUGUCUUGAAACUGUCUGGAA